AUUGCCACUUACACUGUGGUUCAUCUUUUUUCCCCAUUUUGAGAAAAAUGUUUAUUGUUUCCUAUAAUUAUGAAUAUAUUUUUAAGAGUUUUCUAUUGUUUUAUCAUUCCAGUAAAGAAUAAUAAAUAAAUAAAUGUUUAAACAAACGAACAAACAAUAUUUUGGGGGAAAACUGAAAGAAAAAAAAGUGACAGAGGCUUAAAUGCUUUAAUAAGACUAAAGUCAAAUGUGUUGCUUAAGAAAAAGCCCAAAUCAAAGUUUUCUUUUUACUACCGGUAUAUCAUCCUUUUUUUCUGUGAUGACCUCAAGGUUUUACUUCAUGAUUAUAAUUAUUUUAGAUAUAACCUUUUCAAUGCAGGCUUUUUCAAAUUAUAAAUUUCUCUAUGUGAGUAAAACCAGAGAGGUGUAUUUAUCUGCAUUGUUUAACUGGACUGAUAGGAAGGCAUCAUUCAUUAAUGCAAUUGUUUUAUUCAUUCAUUUGAACUACAGUUAGAAAUUGUGCACAGAGUCAAAAUAUGACAUAAUAUUCAAUGUGUGUUGAGAAAAUGCAGCAAAUAAAUAUUUUGCCUUUUUUAUUUUCCUAAUUUUUAUGCAAAUAACAGGGGACUAUGUGUUUUAACUCAUUUAGUUUCCACCAAUUAUUUGAAGAUAUUAAGAACUGGAACAGCUAAACCUGCUCCCUCUGACAUGUUUUAAGGCAGGUCUGAAUGAGAAGCUUAUCUCCCUCUGCAGGUUGCAGAAAGCUGCCGUAAUGAAGGCACAGGAACAAUCAGUGACUGUUGACAUAGGCUCUUAACACCUUCCUUUAAACCUCUAAUAGUUGUUUGUACUCAAGAAUUAUGGGUGAGUUACAAAACUGGCCACACUUGCUGAUGUCAGAAGCCUUUAAAGACAAGACGACACCAGCAAGUCCGACCAGAACACAGAGAUGGACCCAGCCACCAGAAUUACGUUUACCUUGUUGCUUCUCCUUCUCAGCUCGUGGUGCUCUGCUGAGGAAGAUGCAGAAGGCGUAUUCUGUCCAGAACACCAGCGAGGCUUUGACGAUGCCUGCUAUGAGUUUGUUGGUUUACAGCUUUCGUCUCAAAAAGCCCAGGCGUGGUGUGAACGAGGCGGAGGUCACCUCGCUUUCAUUCUGAGCGAUGAAAUACAGCAGUUUUUUCAGACUCAUCUGCACCCGGACAAAGACUGGUGGAUUGGGUUGGCACCUGGAGCGGCAAAUCUCACCUUAGACCUUUCUGCCACUGAAGGUUCUCUGGCAUGGUUGGAUGGCUCAGAUGUCAGCUAUGACAACUGGGCUAAUGCACCUGAUGCAGGUGCAACUUGUGGACAUAUUCUGAAGCACUCAGGUUUCCAAUGGGAGGCUUCCCAAAACUGCAGCCAGGAAUUUAAUUUUAUUUGUCAAUUUGAUACUGGAAGAACUAUAGCAUGUAAAAACCAAAAUGCCACAGUAAAAUGUGGCUCUGGCCAAAUUAUUGAAAUUGAGGAUGCUUUUUAUGGGCGAAAAACGAUCCAUUACUGCCAAUCAAUGCGGAACUCAACCCCCUCACUUUCCCAGCAGGAGUGCAGCUGGAUAAAUGUGGUAGAUUCUGUAACAGCUCAAUGCCAUGGACUGCAGGUGUGCCAGGCUCCAGUGGAUCUGAGUCUGUUCAGUGAACCGUGUGCUGUGCUGGGAAGUUACCUGUCCAUUGAGUACCACUGCAAACAAGGACUUCACUUACUGAUGAGGAAACUGGCAUCUGUCUUCGAUAACGUCACCAUCACCGUGAAAUGGCUUCUUCAUCCAUUUCAAGGAAACUUAACGUGUGCAGUAGAUGCAGGAGACGGCUAUGUUAUUGAUCCUUACACCCCUGAAGAGAUGGAAAGCACAAUUAUUCAUAAAUUUCAACAUCCUGGUGUUUUCACGGUUGGGGUGGAAUGUAGCACCAGCGACUGGCAUGUUUCUGCAGAAAAAUCAAUAACCAUUCAAGAGCCUGUUGGAAAUUUAAGUGUGAUCAGAUGCUAUAGCAGGGAUGUGGCAACAGAUGGCACUAAAUGCAAUGCGCUUUACAGCACGCCUGUUUACAUCCAGCUUCAGGUGGGGGCAGGUACAAAUGUCUCCUACACAGUUCAUCACGAAGCCCACGUAAUUGCAAAUUUGUCCGUGGAUAAUGGGAUUGCGCCCACUAAUGUCACACUGAACGCAAGCGUGGUGCAGAGCCUUGGACAAGGUUGCCACAACUUGUCUGUAGCUGCAUCAAACAGAGUGACAAGCCGCACAGCGCCCUCCGGUCUGGUGCUGUGUCUGCUGGAGCCGGUGGAAGGCUUGCAGGCCUCUUUGAUCACAGGAGCAGGCGUGUGUCCAGACUCCAGCGACCUCAUCAUCAGUGUCUCUCUGGAGCAAGGGACGCCCGUGGAGUUGUUGUUUAAUUUCUCUGGAGCUGCAGACACGCUCUCUGAAAUGAGACACAUGCUUAAUAAAAGCGGGCAGAUGUAUACAUUCUCCAACCCACUUGAAGGACUCCUGAAAGUGUUGAUUAGAGCCACAAAUGCUUUUUCAAGCUCUGAUGUGGAAGUAGACUUAGAGGAAGUUCUCCAGGUUUGCCAGAACCACUCUGAAACUUUUCUAAGUCAAGAUGGAGAAAAGACAGGUAAUGAGAGCAUCAGCAACUUGAAAAUAACAAGUUCUCCUGACACAUUGGUUGACUACAGUCAAAAUGUCAUCUUGAUGGAAAGAGGAACUGAGUCACUAUCCAGCACAGCACUUGCUUAUGAAUGGAAAUGUAAAGGAAAUUGUACGUGCAGAAAUGUAACAAAGGAAAAAACUCACGCUGUUGAAAAGGAUUGCCUCCCAAAGCCUUUUGAAAUGAUUGAAUACAUUUUAACUGUGAGGAAAAGAACGUGGUUUAGGAAGUGGGUCAGCAUUGCUUCAGCAUCAAAGUGCAUCACUGUUGCUCCUUCAAAUGUCUUAGCAGGUGUAACAAUCAGUUGUGAUAAUUGUGCUUCAAUUAAUGUAAAGGACCAAGCAAAAUUAAGACUUACAUGUGAAACAGUCUGUCCAGAUGUGGUUUGGUUUAUUGAAGACCCUGAACCUUUGAGCGGGGACCUCGCCGAAUGUUACUUUAAUGCAGGAAGAAGGCCACCUAUUGAGUCGCAGCAUGGUCACAGUGAAUAUGUUAUUCCCAGUCGAUAUCUAGAAGCCUCAAGAAGGAGGCUGCACAACAUCACUGUUAUUGUUUAUGGAAAGACAGUACCAGGCUUUGUCAGAUACACUCUUCCAGUGCCAGGUUUUAACCCAGAAGUGACCCCUGAUCCCCCCGCCGUCCCCUCGUGUAGCGUCUCUCCACCAUCAGGAACCGUGCUUCAAACGUUCGACAUUACCUGUGAGGCUAAAUCUUUCUGUGAAGCCGGUUGUCUUUACUGCUUCAAGACCAGCACAGGGAAAGAUUUGUGGUGCACUAAUGCAAAUAAGGUGAAAUCCGUGUUCUUGCCUUCUGGAGAUGAGACAAACAACAACACAUUGACUUUGAUGGUGACGGUGAAAAAUGAACACACAACAGUUGAUACAACUGUUGCCGCUCAGGUACGAAAAAGUAACACCAGUACCUCGGUAACAGUUUUGGAAUCUGCAGUGGAGAAAACUGUGAGUCAGUUAGAAGAGCAAGGAUUGCUCUCCUCUGAGGCACUCGGACAAAUAUUCACCUCCGUCUCUGAUAUCCUGAAUUCAGAAUGGGGCCAAGAUCAGAAAAACAACAGGUCUAAGCUAAGAGAGCGAAUGCUGACCAAAAUGACUGGAGUUCUGUCAGAAUCCCCCAGCAAUACAACACAAGAAGUGCAAGUGAUGGCCAGAGCUGUGGCUGGACUCACGCAGAGCUCAGACGAGCUCAGUGACGUUGCUCAAGAAGAAGCCAGUUCACUGUUGGUAGACCUCAGCUCCUCCCUCAAUGUUAUCACCGUCAAUCAGCUCGGCGGAGAUGAUGAAGUUUUACAGGCAGCCACGCCAAUAAUUGAAUCAGCCAGCAAUGUUUUGAAUGUUUCAUCGUCAAGUGUAAGACCAGAGCCAUCGCUGAUCCUUUUAAAUGCCAUCCUUCAACCUUCAGCAAUAUCUAACCAACCAAUGUGUUUGCAGAAAAAAGUCUCAGAUUCUCUUCUUACUGGGAUCAAAAACGUUCAAAGUGCUUUGCUGAAUAACAGAAAGAUGAAUGGACAGCCAGCAAUUAUUGACUCUGGUCAAAUCAGUGUGUAUGUUAAUAGAAUAUCUCCAGAUUCUAUUCCAAUGCAGACUAUAAAUGGUGUAAGGAAUAGCUCCUCCAGAUUCUCCUUCCCCUCACUGCCUGUUGACAUUCUCUCUGUGGAGGAGCCAGUGGAUGUCAGAAUGAUGAGUUUUGAAAAGAACCCAUACUCCUAUAUGGAGGAAAACAUCACUGGAACGGUGGGAUCCUUAUCCCUCACCAGAGCAAACGGCACAGAGAUCCCAGUUGAAAACCUACCAGAAGAAAUCGAGAUUUUUCUUCCAAGAACUGAGGUUGGACAAGAGAACAGUACAGUCCUUGAUCUCGCCAAUUUCAGCACCCUAAUGAUUGACGUACCCUCACCUGAAGUGACCCUGGUCCUUAAACUGCAGCCGUCUGAAGACCUGUCCUUCAUCUUAUUGUUGGGUACUAAGGAUUAUCCAAAUGACACCAACUAUGUUGCCAAGACUCAGUUUCCUCUGGAGAAUGCAAACGAAGAGGAGAAAUUCACCUGGGUGCUGAGCCCCAAAGACCGAACACGCGAUGCUGGAGUUCACUACCUUGUCAUGAAGCCAAUCGUAGAGCCAGGCAUCAGAUCCAUAAAUGCCACCAUCACUGUCAUGUCUGUUGCUGCUCAGUGUAAAUACUGGAAUGAAUCCACGUCCUCUUGGAGUGAAGAUGGAUGCAGGGUGGGGCCGCUCACCACUCCUUUAGUGACUCAGUGCCUCUGUAACCACCUAACCUUCUUUGGCAGCUCUUUUUUUGUAAUGCCAAACUUGGUGGACGUCUCACGCACAGCAGAGCUCUUUGCAACAUUCGCCAACAAUCCCGUAGUUGUGUGUUUCGUUGGGGCCAUUUUUGCUGCGUAUGUGCUCGUGGUUAUAUGGGCACGCAGAAAAGACAUCCAAGAUUCAGCCAAGGUCAAAAUAACAGUUCUUGGGGACAAUGACCCUCUGGCUGAGUACCGUUACAUGCUAACAAUUAGCACAGGGCACCGCCAUGGUGCAUCCACUUCCUCACAAGUGACCAUAACUCUGCUGGGAACAGAGGGAGAAAGUGAGCCCCAUCACUUGACCGAUCCUGAGAAACCUGCGUUUGAAAGGGGUGGGAUGGACAUGUUUCUUCUUACUACACACUUUUCUCUUGGGGAGCUGCAAAGCAUAAGACUGUGGCACGACAAUUCAGGAGAUCACCCUGCAUGGUAUGUCAAUAACGUGAUGGUGCAAGAUCUGGAGUCCGGCCACAAAUGGCACUUUCUGUGUAACUCCUGGCUGGCUGUAGAUGUGGCAGAGUGCACGCUCGACAAAGUUUUUCCAGUAGCAACCGAGACAGACAUAAAGAGAUUCAGCAACCUGUUUUUCAUGAAGACAGCAAAAGACUUCAGAGACGGCCACAUCUGGUUUUCUGUCAUAAGUCGGCCUCCCUGUAGCACUUUCACACGUGUGCAGCGAGUGUCCUGCUGCUUCUCCCUUUUGCUGUGCACCAUGCUGACCAGCAUCAUGUUCUGGGGCAUUCCCACAGACCCCUCAGAGCAGACCAUGGACCUGGGACACAUUGAGUUCACAUGGCAACAGGUUAUGAUAGGAAUUCAAAGUUCAAUCAUCAUGUUUCCCAUUAAUCUUCUUAUUGUGAGUAUAUUCAGAAACUCUCGUCCUCGGGAGAAGGCCACCAAAACAGAUGUCUCAAAACAGGGAAACACUGUUCGGGUUUCUCCUUCAGACACUUCAUCUUCUCAGAUGGAGAUGAAGAACAUCACCCCAGACACUGUGAUCAAGGACAUCAAAAGAAUGGCUAAAUCUCUAUCAAAAGCAAUGAAGAACCCAUUGCCACACUUGGAGCUUGGUCCUGAUCACCAUGCUGACAUCAACAGUUUGCUGACUGUGCUGGAGAGCAUCAUCAGACAGCAGAAUGAAGCAGCGGGAAGCUUCUACACAGACACCUCCAAGACAAAUAAUGCUAUGAUCCUCAGUUUAGGUUCAGUAAAUCUACAAGAAAACUCUGUGUGGAGCAGCCAUGUAAAGACUUCUCAAGACUUUCAGAAGAUUAGCAACAACAGCAAAUACCUCUACAGGCAGCUCCAUCAUGUUGAGAAGGAGCUUGGUCUCUUGGGGCCGUCUCGCUUUCCAAAUCCUAACAGCUACAGCAGAGCCAUGCAGCAAGUUCAGGGAAUGAAAAGCCAUUUGGAGUACCACAUGCCCUUGUCUAGCCUGGAUGGCGAUAACUCCAGCCCCAGUCCAGAAGGAAGCAUCAACGGCAGCAUUGGCAAAAAGCAAAGGCAAAGAGGGCUUCCAUGGUGGUUUGUGUUUGUUGGGUGGAUACUGGUGAUUGCAACCAGUGGUGUUUCGGGAUACUUCACAAUGAUGUACGGACUAACGUACGGGAAAGACCGAUCGAUAAGUUGGCUUAUCUCAAUGGUGGUCUCUUUCUUUGAGAGUCUAUUUAUCACCCAACCUUUGAAGGUGCUCGGCUUUGCAGCUUUCUUUGCUCUUGUUCUGAAGCAAGUUGACCACGACGAAUUUGGAGAACCUCAGAUAGAUGAAAACUUUAGAAGACCAGAUGACCCUGAAAUGGUGCCAGUAGACAGAAGAGACAGCACAUGUAGUUUUUAUCAACCGCCUCCUCCUACUGACAUUGAAAAGAUGCGGAGCAGCAUGAUUAAAGAGCAAAAGGUCUUUGGCCUCAUCAAGGAGAUUUUGGGCUACAUGGGAUUUAUGUGGGUUCUUCUUCUGGUGGCAUAUGGUCAAAGGGACCCCAAUGCAUAUUUUCUCACUCGACACAUUCGCCAAAGCUUCAGCAAAGGAAUCUCAGACACAAUGAGUAUCCAGGAUAUGUUCACUUGGGCAAACACAACUCUCCUGAACAACCUGUUUGGAGAGUACCCCGGAUUCAUUACAGAUGGAAACUCAAAGCUGGUGGGUAAUGCGCGCCUUCGUCAGGUGAGAAUGCAGAAAGGCUCUUGUUUUGUAGCUCUGCCCAUGCAGAAAUCUGUGUCGGACUGUCACGCUCCGUAUUCAUGGGAGUUGGAGGACAUGGGCUUCUAUGGCCCAGGCUGGAGUCCCUUAUGGGGGAAUAAUGCAUCACUGAGCCCUAACAACCCAUGGGUUUACAAGUCUCAGCGUAAACUGAGGGCCUUUCCUAUUUGGGGGAGUGUGAAGCUCUACAGAGGAGGAGGAUUUGCAAUGGAUCUGCAACCAGAUUUGAAAAACUCCAGCAGAAUCCUCCAGUACCUUUAUGAUAACACCUGGCUUGAUGUGUACACCCAAGCACUCUUUGUGGAGUUCACUGUGUAUAAUGCAAAUGUCAACCUUUUUUGCAUUGUCACCCUCAUACUGGAGACCACAGCCACAGGAGCGUUCCAGUUCCGCAGCGAGCUUCAAAGUGUGCGUCUCUACCAAUCGACUGGUGGUCUCCACAUCUUUGUCAUGGCCUCUGAAGCUGUCUACUUUCUCUUUAUCAUAUAUUACAUGUUUGUUCAAGGAAAGCUAAUGAAGAGACAGAGACUGGCUUAUUUUCAAAGCAAGUGGAAUCUGCUGGAGUUGGCAAUAAUUGUUCUCAGCUGGAGUGCAUUAUCUGUCUUUAUCAAGAGGACUUUACUGGGGCAGAGGGACAUAAGUCAAUAUCAGAACAACAAAGACCAAUUUGUCAGUUUCCAUGAAACAGCGCAGGCUGAUGCAGUGCUCGGGUAUCUGAUUGCCUUCCUUGUACUGCUGGCCACGGUCAAACUGUGGCAUCUGCUGAGACUGAAUCCCAAGCUGCACAUGAUCACAGCCACUCUGCAGCGAGCUUGGACUGAUAUUUCAGGCUUCCUGGUGGUCAUAGCCAUCAUGUUCCUCGCCUACUCUGUUGCUUCUAACCUGAUGUACGGCUGGAAGCUCUACUCUUACCGGACUCUGCUUGAAGCUGCUCAAACCAUAGUCAGUUUGCAGCUUGGCAUUUUUAAUUACGAAGAGGUUUUGAAUUAUAACCCACUGCUUGGGGCCUUCCUGAUUGGCUCCUGCAUUGUGUUCAUGACCUUUGUCAUACUGAACCUCUUCAUCUCUGUCAUUCUUGUGGCAUUCACUCAAGAACAGAUUCAUCAUAAGCCUUCUGAGGAAGAGGAGAUUGUGGACCUAAUGCUGAUGAAACUAUGCAGCUUGUUUGGAUUGAAGUGUAAGAAAAAAGAAGAUGCCCUCACAGAGGAGCCAGCUAUUUCAUCCACUUUAGAAACCAAACAGCUGACAAUUUCUACCAUUGAUGCUCAUGACGGAUGAUCUGUUUGUCUCCGUAAAUAGAAAAGGCUUAACAUACUUUGCCUAAGGCAUCAAUUAGCUGGUGUAAUUGUGUUGCCAUGUUGUGGCUUUGUAAGGUAGUUGUAGCUGAAUCUAUAGUGUUUAUCUAUACCUAAAUUAAACUGUCACUCGUGUAGAGCUAUGCAACGCUAGCAGGCACUGUCGCGUCAAAAUAACUUGCAUAAUAUGCACCGAAACGUGUUAUUUAAGAUGCAAAAGUUUGUGCAAUGAAAACAUAUGUAUCUGUGUCAACAUCUACAUGUUGGUGCAUUAUUUGCACAAGUGCAAUACUUGCAUCAAUCUGCUACUUCCAAAUGUAUUUCUUUUGAUGUCUUCUAGUAUUUUCAACUACUGCAUCCAUACAGCAGAUAAAUGUAUAAAAGCAUGGGAAAUUAUAAGUAUUGUAAACAAGUGUAAAUGAAAAUGGCUAAAAGCUAAACCACCCCUAAUCAAUCAAAUAAAAAAUAAAUCUAACAUGAUUAAAUAAAACGAAAAUGUUGUUUUGUGGUUUUGUUUUACCUAUAACUGUUACCCAUUUGAUGCAGCUGGACUAUGUAUACAGUCAAAAUAUUGAGUGGUGCAAAUUCCUGUCUGGGGAUCAAAUUGCAAAGUAAUCAUUAUGCUCUUCAACCUUCAGUUGCUACUUUACCCCUUGAUCUAUUGCACGUUUUGAUGUUGUGAAAGGAGAUUCCUGUCAUGCCACUGCAUCUUGCAGAGAAAUCAUUUGUAUGUGAGAAUUUAAAAAAAAUAAUGAAAGUGCACAGCAAUGCAUGUUUGCUGGUCAGUACCAUGAUCAUUCAGUGUAGAUAAUGGAUUUAUUGAUUAUGUCUUAUUUUAGUAGAUUUAAAGUCAUGUAAUGAGACACAGUUCAAACUUAGGAAUACAUAAAAACAAAUACUUUUACUUGGAAAAAGUAACAUACUAUUGUUUUUGCACAAGUGCAGUGGGGUAUGUGCCAGACUUGUGACUAUAUUGAUUCUGCAAAUAUUUGUUGUUUGUGAAGAAAAUGUUAAAGCAUUCUGUGCAAUAAUAAGGCACAAAUAACCAGUCAGACAACAAACUGUGGCAGCAAAGCACUAUUGAUGGGUUGUUUUGUUUAGGUGUAGAGGCUUAGCAGUAAUUUAGCCGGUUUGGGCUGUAUUUGAAACCUGCACGUUUAUUUAAAUUACAUCAAUACUAA